GGAAGACUAAAAUCAAUAGGACAGAUAUUUCUGUUUUACUUCUGAUGCUGUGUGCUUGGUCAGGAGUUGUUAUCUGGGCUUAUGGUGACAUGGAAGAAAUAUUAAUGUGAUAAAGGAGUGAGAAGAAUAUGUGUUUUCAUGAAGCAAGAAGCUGAGAUCCUCAUUAGAGGCUGCUUUAUAACAGCCAGCCAGAGAUCUGUAGAUUUUAUUUUUCAACUGAAUAAAUGGGAACUUGUGCCUAGGAUUUGUGCUAGAAACAUGAAGAACUGGGUGUAGGAAAAUAUUACACAUGGAGCACAAUAUUUGUUUUUAUUCUUAAUUUUUUUAUUGUUUAUUUUGUAGGAGAGAAUCUGGGACUGCAGAUGAGCAAUGGGAAACCACUAAGAUAAGUAAAACUGAACUUGCUAACUAUAUACAUCCAGACAUCCCAACUCUCCCUGAAGUUCAUGGAGUCUCCCUGAUUGUAAUAGCGGCUCCCUGAUGCCAUGGAAUGCAAUCUCCCUGAAACUCCAAGUACCAUGAUCCAAUGUGGCCCAAAUCCGGAAAAGUUUUUCUUUAAAGGGCCACUAUAUGCAAGUGAAUGGAAACACGUUUUUCUAAACUAUUCUACUUCUGCAUGGAGGCCUCCUGCCGCUAGGGGGCGAACUCAGAACCUUAGGAGAGCUACUCUUUUUUGCUCUCUAUGGAGUGUGCGCCGGAAACUGAAACAUCAGGUGAUGUACACAGACGUAAUAGCCGGUGGCAGACACAUUUUCUAAUCCCGAGGAAAUAAGUUAUGCAGAGAUUAUAAAACUUUCCCUUCGACAAAGUGCAGAUUGAUAGCUAACAAAGUGGCCAUGUCAGAAACAAAGUCUCAGAGGAAUACAGAUGAUUCACAUGAGAAUCCGGCCAAAAGAUUUCGUUCAGAGGAAGGCCACGGGUCAAAAGUUGCAGCGCAUUAUAAUGAACUUCAAGAAAGUGGUUUACAGCAACGCAGCCAGUCACGGAUUUUUUUCCUCCGGAAUUUUAAUAAUUGGAUGAAAAGUGCUCUUAUUGGUGAGUUCUUAGACAGAGUCCGGCAGAAGAAGAAAAGUGAUAUCACUGUGCUAGAUCUCGGCUGUGGAAAGGGAGGAGAUCUACUGAAGUGGAAAAAGGGUGGUAUUGACAAGAUUGUGUGUACAGAUAUAGCUGAAGUUUCUGUCAAGCAGUGUGAGCAACGAUAUUUGGAUAUGAAAAAGAGAUGCCGUAAUGACUAUAUUUAUCAUGCAGAGUUUGUGACAGCAGAUUCUACUAAGGACCUUCUGUCUGAAAAAUAUGAAAAGCCAGACAUGAAAUUUGACAUCUGCAGCUGUCAAUUUGUUUACCAUUACUCGUUCGAAACUUAUGAGCAGGCUGACAUGAUGCUGAGAAACGCCUGUGAAAGUCUGAGCCCUGGAGGAUAUUUCAUCGGCACAACUCCAGAUGGCUUUGAGCUUGUCAAGCGUCUUGAAGCAUCAGAUACAAAUUCUUUCGGCAAUGAUAUCUACUCUGUCAAUUUUCAGGAGAAGGGGAAUUAUCCGCUGUUUGGCUGCAAAUAUGAUUUCAGCUUGGAAGGAGUUGUUAAUGUACCAGAAUUUCUGGUUUACUUUCCUGUACUAGAAGAAAUGGCUAAGAAGUAUAACAUGAAACUAGUCUACAAGAAGACCUUUCAAGAAUUUUUUGAUGAGAAGAUUAAAAAUGAGGAACAUAAAAUGCUGUUGAAAAAAAUGCAGGCUUUAGAGCAAUAUCCUGCAGCGCCACACUCCAAAUUAGUCUCUGAUAACACUGAGGAUUAUGAACAUGUGAAAAGUAAGAUGGAAAAUAGCCAGGAAAAGUUACCUCUGGGAACAUUGAGCAAAUCUGAAUGGGAUGCUACAAGUGUAUAUCUAUUGUUUGCAUUUGAGAAACAACCUUGACUGAAGAAAACCUCUGAACAGAAGCGUGACUCAUCUAUUAAUUUUUAGUAUCCAUGUGUUAUGUACUUUUGGACCUACAUCUCUGUAUUAAAACAAUAUAAAAAGAAUGGUUUGUAAUUAGCUCUUCCCCUUACUGCUUACAAUUAGUUCUAAAUUUCUAAUAGAUUUUCCUCAGUGUGCUGUAUAUUUAUGAACCAAGAAAAUGGGCAGGUAGAUAGUGUAGAAUAUCUAAACCUACUAUUUAUUGUAUAGAUGCUACACGUAUGUGUGAGCUAUGGACACUCAGGAGAGAUUUACUUUUUCGUUUUAUUAACACAAAUGUGGCUAAAACCUGUAGCAUUUAAACAAUGCAAUGACUUGUUGAAAGAGCUUCUUACGAAGGUAGUUAAUUCAAAGGAAUAAAAGUUUUAAAGGCCACAGGCUGUGAAUUAUGCAAGACACAAAUGCCUGUCUGAGAUAGGUGAGAACUGUACAUAAAUGACAAUAGUGUAGGUAUUCCUUUUAUAUAUUUUUUAAAUAUUAUGUUGUGGGAGAACCACUUUUCACAUGUUUUGCUAGUUAGUUAAUUUUCUGUUCUGUAAAAACAAAGGAAAAAAUUGUGAUUGUAUUUUCUAUCAUGUUGGAAUCAAUAAAUAUAUAUGAUUUGGUGAUUUUUACUCUGUAAAGCUUAACUUCAUUUGCUAAUUUAGAAUAAUUGUAAAAGUUAUACCAACAUCAAAAUAAAUUUCAAUUCUCCCAUGUGUAA